AUCUUCUCCUUUCAUCUACAUCAAUCAAAACUAAUUGUAGCUCGGUCAAGCAUUAUCGUCUUUCUAUCUACCACCUCUAUCACAAAGUUAUAUUUAUUCGUCUCUAUCUAAUCCAACACCGGUGAAAUAGCAACGGCUCUAACCAAACCUCCUUUGUUCUCUCUCUCUCUCUCUCAUAUAUAUAUAUAUAUAUAAAAUUUCUACAUAGAGAUAACAAUACAGAAAUGAACAAUAAGCGGGAAAAUGAGGGUGUUGUUGAAGCUGAAGAGGAAAUUCUCGAUGAGUUUCAGUGUUGCGUUUGCCUGGAUCUCCUCUACAAGCCUGUUGUGUUGGGCUGUGGGCACAUUUCUUGCUUCUGGUGUGUCUUCAGAGCCAUGGAUUCUUGUCUGGUGUCACACUGUCCAGUUUGUCGGCAUCCAUACAAUCAUUUCCCUAGUAUCUGUCAAUUACUGCACUUCUUGCUUUUGAAGUUAUACCCAAUAGCUUAUAAAAGAAGGGAACAACAAGUGAUAGACGAAGAAAAGAUAUCGGAUGAGUUCUCACCCCAGCUUGAUAAUUGUUUAUCUGGAUCAGAACAAAUUAAAGAGUCGUAUAUCCACAGUGGUGUUCCCCCACAUUCUACUACCAGUUCAUGCAAUAAUGUUAGUUUAGGACCAUGUUCUAGAGUGGAAGGGGAAUCAGAAAGUACUAUUGCGCCUCAUAAAGAUGAUAAAAUGCCCAUUCCUGCAAAAUCAACUUUUGAAGCCACUAAAAAUGUGCCCUUUGGACAAAUUGGUAUGCUGGGAGAUAAAUUCAAUAAACAGCAAAAUUCCAAGCUGGUGCUUAUUGCCGAUUUCCUAUGUGCUAUAUGCAAGAAACUGCUCUAUCGACCUGUAGUUCUUAAUUGUGGACAUGUAUAUUGUGAAACUUGUAUCAUCAGUCCUGACGACAAGGUCCCCAUGUGUCAAGUAUGUCCAAGUGCGCAUCCAAAUGGGAACCCAAAAGUUUGUUUGGUACUGAAGCAUUUCUUGGAGGAGCAGUUCUCAGAACAAUAUGCAUUAAGAAAGGAGGCUGCAUCCAAACAGUCUGCUAGUCACAAUGGGAGUCCACCAACAUUGGCAGGUUCAACAAAAGCCCCGAAAAAUGCUUCCUGGCUAUCAACAUUACCUACCACGGAUUACCUAUCGAUGUUGUCUAGCCGAGGACCCAAGGUUCAUUUCGGAAUUGGUUGUGAUUAUUGCGGGGUGUGUCCAAUAAUUGGGGAACGAUACAAAUGCAAAGACUGCAAGGAAAGAAUUGGCUUUGACCUCUGUGAAGGCUGCUAUAAUAGUUCCUCCAAGCUUCCGGGCCGCUUUAAUCAGCAGCACACACCAGAUCACAAACUUGAGAUUGUACCCCCUAUGGACAUAACUAAUUUAGUACAUCUUGCAUUGGAGGUUGAACAGUCUGAAGAGGAUGAAUCUGGUGCUCCAGAGGAUAUGGAAGAAGUUCCUCCUGCUCCCAUCUUGCCUGGUGAUUCUCCACAUGAUCCAGAGGAUGGUUUGGCUGACCCCCCAUUCUUAGAUCAAGAAUGUACCCACUCCUCUAUCUAAAAGUAUUGACAAUAAUCCAAAAACCAUUGACAAGUUCUUUACAUACCCAACAUUUUAUACUUGUCGUAUGUUCAACGUUUUGCCAUUUGAUGGUUGCUUCGUACAACUCUUAUACAGCUUCCUGUUUGGGUUUAUAUUUAACCAGUUGUCGAAAUC